CCCAGAAAGCACCUGCCGUCAUAACAAACGUUCCAAACGGUCCACUCAAACAAGCCGGGGUUUACAUCUUUCUGCGAUAUGAGGUCUUGUUUCCUGUAACCCGCCAUGGCACCAGGGGAUGUGGUGCCGGAGCAUCCCAAACCGCAGCAGAAGUCCAAGGAGAAGCGUCCGGGAAGCCGGGCGCUGAAAGCAGAAUGUGACCCCGACGGGUCCUUCGUCUUCGAGGCCCACGAAGCCUGGAAGGACUUCCAUAACUCUCUCAGGCAUUUCUACGAAGUCAGGGAGCUGUGUGACGUCACGCUGAAGGUCGGCAGUAGGCUGAUUCCCUGUCACAAGUUAGUCCUAGCUUGUGUUAUCCCCUACUUCCGGGCAAUGUUCCUAUCAGACAUGUCGGAAGCCAAGCAGGACCUUAUAGAGAUUAAAGACUUUGAUGGAGACGCCAUCCAGGACUUGGUGCACUUUGCCUACUCCUCUAAACUCACUCUAACCGUCGACAACGUUCAGCCGCUGCUUUAUGCCGCUUGCAUCCUACAGGUUGAGCUGGUUGCCAGAGCUUGCUGUGAGUACAUGAAGGCCCACUUCCACCCCACCAACUGCCUGGCAGUUCGAACCUUUGCCGAGAGCCACAACCGAGUGGACCUGAUGGACAUGGCAGACCGCUACGCCUGCGAGCACUUCACCGAGGUGGUGGAGUGCGAGGACUUCACGUGUGUGUCACCCCAACACCUGCGCACUCUGCUGUCCUCCUGCGACCUCAACAUCCACUCCGAGACACAAGUGUAUAACGCCGCCGUGAAGUGGCUGAAGGCAAACCCACGGCACCACGACGCCUGGCUGGACCAGAUUAUGUCUCAGGUGCGGCUCCCACUGCUGCCUGUGGAGUUUCUGACGGGAACGGUGGCGAAAGAAGAGAUGAUCAAAGGUAACCUGGACUGUCGGGACCUGAUGGACGAGGCCAGGAACUACCAUCUCCACCUCAGCAACAAGGUGGUUCCAGACUUUGAGUAUUCGGUGCGGACCGUCCCACGGAGGCACACCGCAGGCGUUCUCUUCUGCGUGGGAGGCCGGGGAGGUUCUGGGGACCCGUUCCGCAGCAUCGAAUGCUACUCCAUCACUAAAAACAGCUGGUUCUUCGGCCCGGAAAUGAACAGCAGACGCCGUCACGUGGGCGUGAUAUCAGUCGCAGGUAAGGUUUAUGCUGUUGGCGGCCACGAUGGCAACGAACACUUGGGGAAUAUGGAGAUGUUCGAUCCACUCACCAACAAGUGGAUGAUGAAAGCCUCCAUGAAUACCAAACGGAGGGGGAUAGCGCUGGCAGCCCUCGGCGGUCCGAUAUAUGCUAUCGGAGGCCUCGAUGACAACUCCUGCUUCAACGACGUGGAGCGUUACGACAUUGAGAGUGACAGCUGGAGCGCCGUGGCCCCGAUGAACACGCCCAGAGGAGGGGUCGGAUCCGUGGCUUUGGGGAGCUACGUGUAUGCAGUGGGAGGAAACGAUGGCGUGGCGUCGCUUUCCAGCGUGGAGCGGUUCAAUCCUCACCUCAACAAGUGGACGGAGGUCUGCGAGAUGGGCCAGCGGCGGGCUGGGAACGGCGUCAGCAAACUCAACGGCUGCCUCUACGUCGUCGGCGGCUUUGACGACAACUCGCCCCUGAGCUCCGUCGAGCGCUUUGACCCUCGAAUGCACCGCUGGGAGUACGUAGCGGAGCUCACCACGCCGCGCGGAGGGGUAGGAGUGGCCACGGUGAUGGGCAGAGUGUUUGCAGUCGGAGGACACAAUGGAAACAUAUACCUGAACACAGUGGAGGCCUUCGAGCCGAGGAUGAACAGAUGGGAACUGGUGGGUUCCGUGUCCCACUGCCGCGCCGGAGCCGGCGUGGCCGUGUGCUCGUGUCACGUCAGCCAGAUCAGAGACGUCGGCCAGGGCUCCAGCAACGUGGCCAACUGCAUGUGACACGCGGGCCACGUCUGACGAGGCGGCUGACGGCAGAGCCGCCUCCGGACCCGACCCACUGCACAAAGCACAAAGCGAGCGGAGCCACUCGCCUCCACGCCGAAGGCCCGACGCUCGCUCAGCACGCCGUAUCUGAAAAGGACAAAGUGCACACUGACAAGUUUCAUUUCGUGUUUUUCUGCACUCCUGCUGGUGUUAUUUGCAAUCUUUAAUGAAGUAUUUAGUACUGUAUUUUCUUCCGUUUUAGUCCAUUUUGACUUUUGUUUUGAGUAGGCAUUAUUUGUUGAGCUUUUAUUUAAGACAAACCUCCUGAGAAGCAUCGUAUUCGGAGGAAUAGAGGCUGUAAUGUGGGCCGGUGAGAAAGGAUUUACGUUUUACCCGCGAGACGACUGCCACUGCGGCGCUGCACUUGUUUCAUUUUCCCAGAUCAGCAGCGGACUGGAUCGUUUUUCUUUGAGUUAGGACACGGAGCCGUUUUUAACCUUUUCCUUUGCUCUGUUGGAGCAGUUUACACUUUUUCAUGCGUUUUUGUUUCCAGUCGUAUGCAGAUCUAGCUGCCAUUUAGGAGCCGACUUGUCCUUUAAGGAGCAUUGCCGUUCAGUGCAGCCUAGAAACAAAUCAGUCCUCACUUUAGGACCUCUAACACUCGGGGAAACACACUCCUGCAAGUGCCGAACAGAACAACAGCAUCCAGAUGUGCUCAAUCCUUGUUGUUUCUGUUGCUGGCAGAAGUGUUAUAAAGAGAUCUAAGCACCUCUUUAGCUUGACAAUAUUUACAAGAAAAAUUGGAGAUUUUGUGAAUGAUGAUAGCUGGACUGUCAGAAAUCCUAAUCGGUGCGUUUUUAAAUGCGUACGCGAGUCAGACGAGGUUUGUAUCUGCAGAUGGUUCCAUUAUAUUUCAAUAUAUGAUAUAGACAUUUUUGUAUAAUCGAACAAUUCCUAACUAUAUAAUCCGUUGCUGUUCUCUAUUUUCCUAGAAUAGACGUGAGGUCUGAGUAUAUUUUUGUCCAGAUUGGGAAAUUUCAUGUUCUAUGUUCAUACGGUAUGUUAAUUUAACACAAGUGGCUCUGCUAUUUGGGGAGAGAAAAAAAAAUAUUUAUAGCCUUUUGGCAGAAUUUUCAGAAUAGGAAUCCAGAUAACUCAGAUAUACUGUUUGUACAAGAGAAUUACAAAGUGUUGCACAGAUGUUGUGCAGCUGGUGUUAUCAAUCAUUUUUCUAGCGAACUUGAACUUUUGUCUUUUUCUAAAUGUCAAUGCAUGCGAUGUGUGGUGUUUGACUAUAUUGUGCUUCACGAACAUAGUGUCGCUUUGAAAUGGUUCAAUAAAGUUGUGUUUGAAUAUUGUUGAUUA